AUGUCAGAGUCAGAAGAGAAUGGAGAGGGACCCCCCAAGGAGCUGCCCCCCUUCCCCGAUGCCAUGGGGGGGGCAGCGGGGGGGGCAGGGACCCCCCCGGGGCACCGCCAGCGCCGCCCCCCCCACCCCAAGCACAAGGGGCAGGGUACGGGGGGUGUCCAUCGCUCCCCCCGCGCCCUCUUCUGCCUGCGCCUCAACAACCCCAUCCGCAGAGCAGCCAUCAGCAUCGUGGAGUGGAAGCCCUUUGACAUCCUCAUCCUCGCCACCAUCUUUGCCAACUGUGUGGCCCUGGGGGUCUACAUCCCAUUCCCUGAGGAUGACUCCAAUGCUGCCAACCACAACCUGGAGCAGGUGGAGUACGUGUUCCUCAUCAUCUUCACUGUGGAGACCUUCCUCAAGAUCAUUGCCUAUGGGCUGGUCCUGCAUCCCAGCGCCUACAUCCGCAACGGCUGGAACCUGCUGGACUUUGUCAUUGUCAUUGUGGGGCUCUUCAGUGUCAUCCUGGAGCAGGCAUCCCAUAAGCCUGGGGAAGCUCAUCACAUGAGUGGGAAGCCAGGAGGCUUCGAUGUCAAAGCUCUCAGAGCCUUCCGAGUGCUCCGGCCCCUCCGCCUGGUCUCCGGUGUCCCCAGCCUCCACAUCGUGCUCAACUCCAUCAUGAAGGCCAUGGUGCCGCUGCUGCACAUCGCGCUCCUCGUGCUCUUCGUCAUCAUCAUCUACGCCAUCAUCGGCCUCGAGCUCUUCAUUGGCCGCAUGCACAAGACCUGCUUCUUCAUUGGCUCUGACCUGGAAUCAGAGGACGACCCCUCCCCAUGUGCGUUCUCGGGGCACGGCCGAGCCUGCCUGCAGAACAACACCGAGUGCCGGGGCCGAUGGGAGGGACCCAAUGGUGGCAUCACCAACUUCGACAACUUCUUCUUUGCCAUGCUCACCGUGUUCCAGUGCAUCACCAUGGAGGGCUGGACCGAUGUCCUCUACUGGAUGCAGGAUGCGAUGGGCCACGAGCUGCCCUGGAUUUACUUCGUCAGCCUCGUCAUCUUCGGCUCCUUCUUCGUCCUCAACCUGGUGCUGGGUGUGCUGAGCGGGGAGUUCUCCAAGGAACGUGAGAAGGCCAAAGCCCGCGGGGACUUCCAGAAGCUGCGGGAGAAGCAGCAGAUGGAAGAGGACCUGAGGGGUUACAUGGACUGGAUCACCCAGGCCGAGGACCUGGAAGGGGAUGAGGAUGAGCACGAGAAGCACCGUCUGACCGCUGAGGAGCUGAUGGGCAAGAGGAAGCCGCGCUUGAAGUGGCUGCGUCACACCAGUCACUCCACUGACACCCAUGCCAGUCUUCCUGGCAGUGAGACCACGUCAGUGAACACUGAGACAGUGGGUGAGGAGGAGGCACAACCGACAGCCUGUGACCGCUGCUUGGGCAAAAUAACAAAGACUAAAUUCUGGCGCCGCCUGCGCCGCCUGAACCGCCUGUGGCGCCGGCGCUGCCGCGGUGCCGUCAAAUCCGUCUCCUUCUACUGGACUGUGCUGCUCCUGGUGUUCCUCAACACCCUCACCAUUGCCUCCGAGCACCACGGGCAGCCCCCGUGGCUCACCCAGACACAAGCCUAUGCCAACAAGGCUCUGCUCUCGCUGUUCGCCGCCGAGAUGCUGUUGAAGCUCUACGCCCUGGGCCCCGCCUGUUACUUCACCAGCUUCUUCAACCGCUUCGACUGUUUCGUGGUGUGCGGAGGGGUGUUGGAGACGGCGCUGGUGGAGCGCGGGGCCAUGGAGCCCUUGGGCAUCUCCGUCCUGCGCUGCGUCCGCCUGUUGCGCGUCUUCAAAGUGACGCGGCACUGGGCGUCGCUGAGCAACCUGGUGGGCUCCUUGUUGAACUCCAUGAAGUCCAUUGCCUCCCUCCUGCUCCUGCUCUUCCUCUUCAUCAUCAUCUUCGCCCUCCUGGGCAUGCAGCUCUUUGGGGGACGCUUCAGCUUCGAUGAGACCCAGACCAAGCGCAGCACAUUCGACACCUUCCCCCAGGCUCUGCUCACUGUCUUCCAGAUCCUGACGGGAGAGGACUGGAACGCGGUGAUGUAUGAUGGGAUCAUGGCCUAUGGAGGCCCUGUCUUCCCUGGGAUGCUGGUGUGCGUCUACUUCGUCAUCCUCUUCAUCUGCGGGAACUACAUCCUCCUCAACGUCUUCUUGGCCAUCGCCGUGGACAACUUGGCCGAUGGUGACAACAUCAACUCGGGGGGGGACAAAAAGGAAAAGGCUGCAGAGGUGGAAGCAGCCACAGGGAGCCAGGACGUGAGUGUGAAGGUUGAAGGGGAGACCCCAGAGGAGGAAGAGGAGGAUGAGGAGGGGGGGGGCACGGAGCCCCUCGAGGAGCCCCCCCCCAAAGCCAAAGUGGCACCGAUCCCCGAGGGCAGCGCCUUCUUCCUGCUCAGCAGCACCAACCCGCUGCGGGUGCGCUGUCAUGCCCUCAUCCACCACCACAUCUUCACCAACCUCAUCCUGGUCUUCAUCAUCCUCAGCAGCGUCUCCCUGGCAGCCGAGGACCCCGUCCGGGCCCACUCACCCCGCAAUCACAUCUUGGGCUACUUUGACUACGCCUUCACCUCCAUCUUCACUGUGGAGAUCCUGCUCAAGAUGACAGCGUUUGGAGCCUUCCUGCACAAAGGCUCCUUCUGCCGCAACUGGUUCAACCUCCUGGACCUGCUGGUGGUCAGCGUCUCCCUCAUCUCCUUCGGCAUCCACUCCAGUGCCAUCUCUGUGGUCAAGAUCCUGCGGGUCCUGCGCGUCCUCCGGCCCCUUCGAGCCAUCAACCGCGCCAAAGGCCUCAAGCACGUGGUGCAAUGCGUCUUCGUGGCCAUCCGCACCAUUGGGAACAUCAUGAUCGUCACCACGCUGCUACAGUUCAUGUUCGCCUGUAUCGGGGUACAGCUCUUCAAGGGCAAGUUCUACAGCUGCACCGAUGAGGCCAAACACACCCCCGGGGAGUGCAAAGGCACAUUCCUGGUGUACAAGGACGGGGACGUGUCCCACCCGUCGGUGCGCGAGCGCCUGUGGCACAACAGUGACUUCAACUUCGACAAUGUCCUGGCAGGGAUGAUGGCUCUUUUCACUGUGUCCACCUUCGAGGGGUGGCCUGCGCUGCUGUACAAAGCCAUUGACGCCAACGCCGAGGACCAAGGCCCCAUCUACAACUACCGUGUGGAGAUCUCCAUCUUCUUCAUCGUCUACAUCAUCGUCAUUGCCUUCUUCAUGAUGAACAUCUUCGUGGGCUUCGUCAUCAUCACCUUCCGGGCGCAGGGCGAGAGCGAGUACCGCAACUGUGAGCUGGACAAGAACCAGAGGCAGUGUGUGGAGUACGCCCUGAAGGCACAACCGCUGCGGCGCUACAUCCCCAAGAACCGGAGCCAGUACCGGGUGUGGGCCAUGGUCAACUCCACUGCCUUCGAGUACAUCAUGUUCGUCCUCAUCCUCCUCAACACCAUCGCUUUGGCUGUGCAGCACUAUGAGCAGUCAAAGCCCUUCAACUACGUGAUGGAUCUGCUGAACAUGGUGUUCACUGGGCUCUUCACUGUGGAGAUGGUGCUGAAGAUCAUUGCCUUCAAACCACGGCACUACUUCUGUGACGCCUGGAACACCUUUGAUGCCCUCAUUGUGGUGGGCAGUGUUGUGGACAUCGCGGUCACUGAGGUCAAUAACGGGGGUCACGUCGGUGAGAGCUCCGAGGACAGCUCCCGCAUCUCCAUCACCUUCUUCCGCCUGUUCCGGGUGAUGCGGCUGGUGAAGCUGUUGUCCAAGGGGGAGGGAAUCCGCACCCUGCUCUGGACCUUCGUCAAGUCCUUCCAGGCCCUGCCCUAUGUUGCCCUCCUCAUCGCCAUGAUCUUCUUCAUCUAUGCUGUCAUUGGCAUGCAGACCUUCGGGAAGGUUGCGCUGCAGGAUGGGACCCAGAUCAACCGCAACAACAACUUCCAGACCUUCCCCCAGGCUGUGCUGCUGCUCUUCAGAUGCGCCACAGGGGAGGCCUGGCAGGAGAUCAUGCUGGCGAGUCUGCCUGGCAAGCGCUGCGACCCCGAGUCAGACGCAGGCCCCGGAGAGGAGUUCACCUGCGGCAGCAACUUUGCUAUAGCCUAUUUCAUCAGCUUCUUCAUGCUCUGUGCCUUCCUGAUCAUCAACCUGUUCGUUGCCGUCAUCAUGGACAACUUCGAUUACCUGACCCGUGAUUGGUCCAUCCUGGGUCCCCAUCACCUGGAUGAGUUCAAACGCGUCUGGUCCGAGUACGACCCUGCAGCCAGAGGCCGCAUCAAGCACCUGGAUGUGGUGACCCUGCUGCGCCGCAUCCAGCCCCCGUUGGGCUUUGGGAAGCUCUGUCCCCAUCGCGUCGCCUGUAAGCGCCUGGUGGCCAUGAACAUGCCCCUGAAUUCGGAUGGCACCGUGACCUUCAACGCCACCCUAUUCGCGCUGGUCCGCACCUCCCUCAAGAUCAAGACAGAAGGGAACCUGGACGUGGCCAACAAGGAGCUUCGCGCUGUGGUCAAGAGGAUCUGGAAGAGGACGAAGCCGAAGCUGCUGGAUGAGGUUAUCCCCCCCCCGGAGGAGGAGGAGGUCACCGUGGGCAGGUUCUAUGCAACCUUCCUGAUCCAGGAUUACUUCCGUAAGUUCCGGAGGAGGAAGGAACGAGGGAUGCUGGGUCCUAAUGCCGGACCCAGCAAUGAGUGUGCGCUGCAGGCCGGCCUUCAGACCCUCCAGGCUCUCGGCCCCGAGAUGCGCCGAGCGCUGAGCUGUGACCUGGAGGGGGGGGACGCUCAGGACGCCGCUCCCGAGGCGCUCUAUGGCUCCGCCCCCAGCCCCCCCCCUCCGCCCCCCCCCGACGACCCCCACGAUGGGGAGGACCCUGCACCCCUCCUGAGCAGGCGGCGCUCGGAUGGGGGGGUCCAGGAGGAGCCGCCCCCCCCCACAGACGACGCAGAGGAGCCGGGGGGGGACCCAGGGUCCGGCAGCCAUGAGGAGGACCUGGAGGGCUCAGCCCCACGGGGCAGGGACAGGCUAUGGGGGCCUGCAAUGGGGCCGCGGGGGGGGUCACUGCCGCUGCCCCCCCGGCACUUCACCCUACACAGCGAGGGGCAGCAGCUCAAGAGGCGCCGGCUCCUGCCCCCGACCCCUGCAGGGAGGAAGCCGUCCUUCACCAUCCAGUGCCUGCGGCGUCAAGGGAGCUGCGAGGAUGAGCCCAUCCCGGGGACCUACAACCCUGCCCGGCCCCAGGGCUCCGGUAGCUCCGAGACCUGGCGCCGGGGGACGGCGCCCCCCCGUGGCCACGUCCUGUACGCGCCGCUGCUGCUGGUGGAGGAGCCGGGGGCCGGGGGCAGCCUCCCCCCGUUAUCCCGAUGGAUCCUACGGGACCGAGCGGAUCCCGACCCCGGAGCGCUCCGGUUGAGGCCCCGAGGGUCUGCGGACAGCCUGGUGGAGGCGGUCCUCAUCUCGGAGGGUUUGGGUCUCUUCGCCCGUGACCCCAAGUUCGUGGCCGUGGCUAAACGGGAACUGGCUGACGCAUGCGCGAUGACGCUGGACGAGCUGGAGAGCGCAGCCGCAGACCUGCUGACCCGGCGCCGCCCCCCGCCCCCCCCCCCCCUCUACAGCGACGAGGAGGCCCCGAGGGGGGGAGGGGCGGAGGAGGAGCUGGGGGAUGAGAUGGUUUGUGCGGGGGCAGGGUGA